UAAGUCGCUUGAUGCAUGCGGCAGAGUCACUGAGUUUACACCAUCCAGCUCAAUGAUGAGGGCAUUUAUUGGAGGAGCAUGGAGCUUUCGCAGUCUGUUCAUCAUCAUUCUCACGCCGCUGUUAAUGCUGCCGCUUCCCCUGGUCAUCAACACAAAGGUGGCUCAAUGUGCAUUUACGCUGGUGCUGAUGGCGGUGUUCUGGAUGACCGAAGCAAUGCCCCUGUCUGUGACCGCCCUUCUUCCGGCACUUCUCUUUCCUCUCUUUGGCAUUAUGAAGUCCUCAGUGGUUGCAACCAUGUACUUUAAAGAUUUCCAUUUACUUCUGCUUGGGGUCAUCUGUCUCGCAACCUCGAUUGAGAAGUGGGGUCUGCACCGUCGAAUUGCUCUCAGACUGGUCACUCUGGUUGGAGUAAACCCUGGCAUGUUGAUGCUGGGCUUCAUGGCAGGCUGUGCUUUCCUCUCCAUGUGGCUGAGUAACACCUCCACAGUGGCCAUGGUGAUGCCGAUAGCAGAAGCCGUCAUGCAGCAGGUCAUGAGCGCAGAGGGUCAGGUCAGCAGCCAGCAGGAUAAGGCACUGAAAGGCAUCUGCAAUCCUGCACUCCAGCUGGACGGAGAUGCUGAGAAACAGUGUGAAAUAUCCAAAGAUGAGAACAGCAACGAGGAAGUGGUUAAGGAAGUUGUUAUUGUUACUGUCCCAGAGGAGGAUCAUUCUACAGAAGCUUGGCCAAGUUCUCCACUACACUCGAAAUACCGAACACGUCAAGACGAAAUGAUGUGUAAAAGUUUGUCUCUGGCUAUUGCCUACUCUGCAAACAUCGGCGGGCUGACGACACUGCCAGGAACAUCUUCAAAUCUGAUCUUUGCUGAAUAUAUGCAUCAAUUUUACCCAGAAUGCAAGUCCAUCAAUUUUGGAAACUGGUUCGUUUUCUGUCUGCCUGUCUGCGUUCUUGUCCUGCUCUUGGCUUGGAUAUGGAUACACUGGCUGUUUCUGGGCUCUAAUUUCUGCUCGGGAAUAUCCUCCAGAAGGGGUCGUUCUGAGAGAGAGAUCGCAGCAUCCAAGCACAUCAAGGAUCAAUACAAUGCACUGGGAAGCAUGAGCCGACAGGAGAUGAUCACUCUUGCUAUUUUCCUGCUGAUGGCGGUGCUGUGGUUUGUGAGAGAGCCGGGCUUCAUGCCAGGUUGGGCAUCUCUGUUUCCUGAUUAUCCAGGAUAUGCAACUGAUGCCACUGUGGCUCUCCUUCUGGGCAUGUUGUUCUUCAUCAUUCCUGCUAAGUGGCCCACUGCAGAUAGCUAUGAUUCUUUGAUAUCAUGGAAGGAAUUCCAGGCCUGUAUGCCGUGGGAGAUCUGUCUGCUUGUGGGAGGGGGUUUUGCCUUAGCAGAGGGCACUAAGGUAUCUGGUUUAUCCAACUGGGUUGCGGAACUGAUGAGUCCAUUGGGGAAUCUGCCUGUACUGGCUAUUGUCACUAUUGCCUGUCUGAUUGUCACAUCCAUUACAGAAGUGGCUAGCAAUCCAGCCACCAUCACCAUCUUCCUGCCCAUACUCGCUCCUCUGGCUGAAGCCAUCAGCAUCAACCCCCUCUACAUGCUGAUACCAGCAACUCUUAGUGUCUCAUUCUCCUUCUUGCUUCCUGUUUCCAAUCCUCCAAAUGCCAUUGUCUUUGCAUAUGGCCAUGUACAAAUCAUGGAUAUGGUCAAGGCAGGAUUGGGCUUGAAUGUCAUCGGUGUUCUUUCAGUGCUAUUGGCUAUCAGUACAUGGGGAAGACCGAUCUUCGCUCUGGACACUUAUCCUGACUGGGCUCCUAUAUACGGCAUGACAAACACAACUGGGUUGUAAACUGCUCACAGUUUACUGCAGUGUCUGAUGUAAAUAAGGACUAUGUAUAUAACUUUAAUUCACCGGUGAACGUUUUGUAACGCUGUAAAUGAGGUGAAUGGGUGUUGUAUAGCUAUUUUUUAUUGGAGAUACUUUAAUAACUUCUAAAAACAAAAAAUACUAACUUUAUUUUUAUAAGCACCUUUUAUAAAUGUAUCUUCAAAAUAUAUACAUAUAUAAAUAUAUACAUAUUCAUUUAAAGCCAUAGAAUUAAACCAAAUAAAUAACAAAGGAACACAUUUUAGAGUAAGGGCAAGAAAUUUAAGGUUCACUAGAAAGUCUAGACAAGAUAAGGCUCGCUUGGAUUUCCGAAUAUUUGAGGAAACACCACCCGAGAACUGUACAUCAUUUAUGGUAAUAUCCUCUAGGCGGCUUAUAUUGUUUUUAAAAAACAAGACUAUAGUAUUUAUUUGUGUCCAGCUGGCCUUAUAGGUGAACACUGUGGAGCUGUUUUAACCCAUUUCACCCUGUGGAUUUGACUGUGUUACCAUCAUACAUACAUCAGUCUGUAUUAUCACUUCUAUUACUGCAGAUUUGGAUUUUCAGUCCAAACGAACAUCAACUGAAAUUAUACUAUAAAGCAUCCGUAUUGUUUUUAUUUAUCUGUAUUAAAAAAUGUGAGUUAUUACAGAUUUGUAGUCGAAUUUAUUGUGUAAGGAUUUGAUCAGUUAGCUAUAGGCGAUUUAGAAACAUUUAUCGUGAGCGUCGUACUUUAGCUAACUUGAUGACCGAUGGCUUUUUACGGAAAGAUCGUUCCAGUUUAUUGGACUUCAAACUGACAAUAUGUUAUAGUUUACUUGAACAUUUGCAUACAAAUGUACUGUAGGAUUAUUUCUAAUCUUAUCUCUGGGGAAAGAUCUGGUGGAAAGAUCACUAAUGAUUAGCUGGAUCUUACUUCCUUGUGCGUUAUUGUACUUUAUAUAUAUAUAUAUAUAUAUAUAUAUACUGACAUUGUCAGCCUGUUGUGAGUGCUACCAGAAAGAAUUUAGACCGGAUUCAACUGACCACAUUGUCCUGAUGUUCUCGACACCACCCAAUUUGUUCUGAUGUAAAUGUUUGUUUUCAUGUAUGGUUUUCAUGCACAGGUCAUGCACAAUAAAAAAAACCCUACUGAAUUUAA